AUGGUCCAAUCAUCCGUUCUCGGUUUCCCCCGUAUGGGUAAGCUUCGUGACCUGAAGAAGGCCACUGAAGCUUACUGGGGUGGCAAGAUCUCCCGCGAUGACCUUCUCGCUGAGGGCAAGCGUCUCCGUCUGGAGCACUGGAACCUCCAGAAGAACGCUGGUGUUGACGCCAUCCCCUCCAACGACUUUGCUUUCUACGACCAGGUCCUCGAUCACAUCCAGCUGUUCGGUGUCAUCCCCGAGCGCUACAGCAAGUACAACCUCGACCCCCUUGACACCUACUUUGCCAUGGGCCGUGGUCUCCAGAAGGAGGGUGUUGAUGUUCCUGCCCUUGAGAUGGUCAAGUGGUUCGACUCCAACUACCACUACGUUAAGCCUGCUCUGGCCGACAACCAGGUCUUCAAGCUCUCUUCCGACCCCAAGCCCGUCCGCGAGUUCCUCGAGGCCAAGGCCGCUGGCAUUGUCACCCGCCCCGUUGUCCUGGGUCCCGUUUCCUUCCUGGUCCUGGCUAAGGCCGACCGUGGUGCCAGUGUGAACCCCAUCACCAAGCUGGCUGACCUCCUGCCCGCCUACGUUGAGCUCCUUAAGCAGCUCAAGGCUGCCGGUGCUGAGGAUGUCCAGAUUGAUGAGCCUGUCCUCGUCUUCGACCUCUCCGCUGAGGCCAAGGCCGCUUUCAAGCCCGCCUACGAGCAGCUUGGCAGCCUGGGUGCCAGUGCUCCCCGCCUGACCCUCGCCACCUACUUCGGUGACAUCGUCCACAACAUUGAGGUCCUCUCUUCCCUCCAGAGCCUCCACGCCAUCCACGUGGACCUUGUCCGCAACCCCGAGCAGCUUGACACCGUUGUCGCUGCCCUUGGCCCCAAGCAGACCCUCUCUGCCGGUGUCGUUGACGGCCGUAACAUCUGGAAGACCAACUUCAAGAACGCCAUUGAGAAGGUUGAGGCUGCCAUCCAGAAGCUCGGCAAGGACCGCGUCAUUGUCGCCACCUCCAGCUCCCUCCUCCACGUCCCCCACACCCUGGACUCUGAGAAGAACCUCGAUGCUGAGGUCCGUGACUGGUUCAGCUUCGCUGUCCAGAAGCUUGCUGAGGUUGUUGUCAUUGCCAAGGCCGUCACCGAGGGCCCCGCUGCCGUCUCCGCUGAGCUCGAGGCCAACGCCAAGUCCAUGCAGUCCCGCGCUACCUCCAAGCGCACCAACGACCCCGCCGUCAAGGCCCGCCAGGCUGCUGUCACCGCUGAGAUGCACAACCGUAUCUCUGCCUUCCCUACUCGCAUUGCUGCCCAGACCGAGCACAUCAAGCUUCCUCUCUUCCCCACCACCACCAUUGGUUCCUUCCCCCAGACCCAGAACAUCCGUCGUGUUCGCAACCAGUUCACCAAGGGUGAGAUCACCCCUGAGGAGUACGAGAAGUUCAUUGAGAACGAGAUCAAGGAUGUUGUCAAGAUCCAGGAGGAGCUUGACCUUGAUGUCUUUGUCCACGGAGAGCCCGAGCGUAACGACAUGGUCCAGUACUUCGGUGAGCGCCUGACUGGUUACGUCUUCACCACCCACGCCUGGGUUCAGUCUUACGGCUCUCGCUGCGUUCGUCCUCCCAUCAUUGUCGGAGACGUCAGCCGCCCUGCCCCCAUGACCGUCAAGGAGUCCAAGUACGCCGUUUCGAUCUCCCAGAAGCCCAUGAAGGGUAUGCUCACUGGUCCCAUCACCUGCUUGCGCUGGUCUUUCCCCCGUGAUGAUGUCCACCAGUCCGUCCAGGCCCAGCAGCUCGCCCUUGCUCUGCGUGACGAGGUUGUUGACCUCGAGGCCGCCGGUGUCAAGGUCAUCCAGGUCGAUGAGCCUGCUCUCCGUGAGGGUCUUCCCCUCCGCACUGGUGCCGAGCGUGAGAAGUACAUCAAGUGGGCCGUUGAGGCUUUCAAGCUCUCCACCGCUGGUGUCGCCGAUACCACCCAGAUCCACUCUCACUUCUGUUACUCUGAGUUCCAGGACUUCUUCCACGCCAUUGCCGCGCUGGACACCGAUGUCCUGUCCAUCGAGAACAGCAAGUCUGAUGCUAAGCUGCUCAAGGUCUUCGUUGACGAGAAGUUCGCUGCUCAGAUCGGACCCGGUGUCUACGACAUCCACUCUCCUCGUAUCCCCAGCGAGCAGGAGAUCAAGGACCGUGUCGAGGAGAUGCUCGCCCACCUGUCUCCCGAUCAGCUCUGGAUCAACCCCGACUGUGGCUUGAAGACUCGUGCUUGGCCCGAGACCAAGGCUGCUCUGACCAACAUGGUCCAGGCUGCCAAGUACUUCCGCCAGAAGUACUCGCAGUAA